UAUCCUAUCCAUUCAAAAGCAGAACUAAAACCACACACUGUGCAAAACAAAAAUGUAUGCCACAUAUCUUUCCACCCAACCAGAGUGUGCCAAGUCAGCAGUUUAUUCCUCCCCUCAGUCUCUGUUCAUGAUUCCACCCCCAACCCCAACUACACUCUUCAGUCUUCGCAAUAAACAAUUUACCAAAAAAAUUUAAAAAGGCAAAAUACAACAAAAAGUAAAACACGGGCAGGAAUCAGGAGAGAUGCUAGCGAAGGAAUCAGGUGGCUCCAACUUCGAUCUUCCCGAGGAGGUACUGCAAGUGCUACCGUCUGAUCCAUACGAGCAGCUCGAUGUGGCCCGCAAGAUCACUUCCAUUGCUCUCUCGACGCGUGUCUCCCUUCUCGAAUCAGAGUCGUCAUCUCUGCGCGCCAAAAUCGCCGAGAAGGACACGCUCAUCGCCGACCUCCAGUCUCAGAUCGAGUCCCUCGACGCUUCGCUUUCCGACACAGCUGAUAAGCUCUCUGGCGCUUACCAGGAGAAGGAGAACUUGGUGAGAGAGAACGCGUCACUGGCCAAUACUGUAAAGAAGCUUCAAAGAGAUGUCUCAAAGUUGGAAGUUUUCAGAAAGACACUUAUGCAGUCACUUCAAGAAGAUGAAGAAAAUUCUGCAGGAGCUCAACAAAUCAUUGCAAAGCCAACACCAAAUGAUGAUGCUGCCUUCCUAGCUUCGAGAUCUUCAAUGCGUAGCCAGUUCUCAGAAAUGAGAAACUCAUUUGCUGAAGAGCAUGAGAGUGAUGCCUCAAGACCUGGCAUAUCACACGGUAUGCUGUUAGCGUCCCAAACAAGCACGCCUCGGCUUUCUCCUCCUGGUUCCCCUCCAAGUGUGUCAGCUUCAGCCUCAAGACCUGGCAUAUCACAUGGUAUGCUGUUAGCAUCCCAAACAAGCACGCCUCGGCUUACUCCUCCUGGUUCCCCUCCAAGUUUGUCAGCUUCAGGUUCUCCCUCAAGGACAUCUAAACCAGUGUCUCCUAGACGACAUUCAAUGUCAUUUGCCACCUCGAGAGGCUUUUUUGAUGAUAGAUCUUCUUUAUUUUCUUCUUUGCCUCCAAGCCAACAUGGUUCAAUAUCAAGCUCCGACUCAGGAUCCCAUACUGGGCGUACUCGAGUUGAUGGGAAAGAAUUCUUCCGUCAAGUCAGGGGCCGUUUGUCAUAUGAGCAGUUUGGUGCAUUUUUAGCAAACGUUAAGGAAUUGAAUUCUCACAAGCAAACCAGAGAAGAGACUCUAAGGAAAGCUGAGGAGAUUUUCGGAGAAGAUAACAAGGACCUUUAUGCAAUAUUUGAGGGGUUGAUCAACCGUAACGUUCAUUGAAAUUGCCCACAGCAGGAAAUGUAUCUGAAGUUUGUAAGGAUAAAUGCUGCUGCUUUUUAUUUUUCUCAUUCAUUGUUGGAAAAGGAUUCAAGGUGUGGACUAUCGGUGUUUUUUUUUGCUGUGCCUUCAGAAUUGUAGCUGAAAGACCUAAUGGCUUGUCAGAGAAUCAAAUAUUGGACUGUAAUUUCGAUGACCCCUUUGUAUCUACGACUACGACCACAAAUUUGUAUAUGAAGAUUGCACUAUUCUCAGUAGUAAAUGGUGCUCUGAUUUAUUUAUUAAUUUAAGAAUAUUAAAUGGAAA